AUGGCGCUCGAGAAGAAGCUGAAGAAGGAGACCGAGGAGCUCAACGACCGCAUCGACGACCUGACGUAUGAGCUGCAGUCGGCUGGCAGGGGUGUGCCCAAGCCGUCGAAGGAGGCCGAGAGAACCUUGCGCCAGCUCAACGAGGCGCUCGCGCGGGCGACAACGCUCGAGGCGGACGUCGCGGCAAAGGAGGAGGAGAUCGCCAGACUACAGGCCGCCAGCCAGGGUUCGGACGACGUCGACGAACUCAAGGCUACGAUCGAGGACCUCGAGGGUCAGCUUGCGGCUGCCCGCCCCGCGGCUGUGGGUGCAUCCCACCACCUCCAACGGGAGCUCAAGGCGGCGCUUCGCCGCGCCGACGCCAAGGACCGCGAGAUUGAGAACCUCCAGCUCGACCUUAACGAUGCGCAGGAGGAGAUUGAGGAGCUUCGCGCGGCCACUCCUGGAUCUGGUGCCGGCUCAGACUCCCGCCUCAAGGACUUGGAGGAGCAGCUUGCGGCGUUGUCUGAGAAGCAAGACGUGGCCUCCAAGGCCGCUGAGGAGGCUGAGAAGGCCUUGUCGCUUGCCACGACGGAGCUCGCGGCGUCCAAGGAGGACCUGGAGAAGGAGCAACACGUUGUCGAGCAGCUUCGCGCCGACCUUGUGGCUGCCGCAGCGUCUGCGGAGACAUCGGCAGCUGACGCAGGCACCGUUCGCGCCGCCUUGGCUAGUCUUGAGACUCAGCUUAGCGAGCUCAGCGCAGAGGCCGAGGCGUCUCGCGAGAAGAUUGCCCAGAUCGAGGAGUCCUUGUCUUCGACCAAAGAGCAGCUCUCGACUGCCGCUCAGAACGAGGAUGCCGCCAAGGCUCUCGUUCAGGAGAAGGAGGCUGCCCUCGCCGCUCUCGAGGAGAAGCACCAGUCUGUGGUUGCCGACCUAGCCGCUCUCAAAGAAUCGACCGAGGCUCUUGCUGGCCUGCAGCAAGAGCAUGCAGACGCUCAGCGACUGGUCCAUGAGCUUCAGCAGCAGGUCGAGGACCUUGAGUCCAAGGUUCGCGACUCUGAAGAUGCCGUCGCGCAGCUGGCGUCAACUCGUGAGAGCCUUGCCGCGAGCCAGGACACGGUUGAGGCGCAGCAGGCGGAGCUUGUGGAGCUGGAGCGUUCGUUGAACCGAGCACUGGAGACGGCCAAGACCGAUUUCCAGGAGAAGGACGACGAGCUGAGGAUUGUGAAGGAUGACCUUGCUCGCGCUCUCUCGGACCAGAAGGCGACUCAAUCUCGUCUUCUCGCACUGGAGGAAGAGCUGUCCAGCCGCAUGUCUGGCGCCAACACCCCGACGAUUGCUACCUUCGCGGCCAAGACGACGGAGAUCGACCUCUUGAAGGCACCAGAGCCGGUUGACGACAACCGUAUGAGCCUCAUGAUCAACAAGAUCCAACGGCUCCGUCAAGAGCGUAACGAGCUGAGCGGGCAGCUGUCGUUUGUGCAGCACGAGCAGCGCUUUGCCGUCCAGGCGGCGACCGAAGCUCGUGACGCAGCCAACGACGCGCUUCGCGCUGCUCAGGAGGACCUGUCGCGGCGGUCAGCUGAGCAUGGCGCCCUGGUUGCCCAGCACGAUGCCCUUGCUGCCGAGCAUCAGUCGUUGCAAGACCGCGCGAAGGGACUUGAGGAGGACACCACCAACGUCGAGCGACUUGCCGAGGUUGAGGCGCAACUGGUCCAGAUUGGAUCUGAGCGCGACGCCAUCCAGCAGAAGCUCAACGACGCCGAAUCCCGUGUGGCAGAGCUCGAGGACAAGGCGAAGCAGGCAACCGCUGAACAUGACGCCACUGUUUCUCAGCUUCAGUCGUCAGUCGAGGAGGAGAAGGAGAAGCGACGCCGUGCCGAGGAGCGCAUUGCCGAGCUCAUCGUUUCGGCUGCUGGCUCAGAGUCUUCUGAAAGCCAGAAGGAGUACCUCCAGACGUUGCACGGCAAGAUCAAGAGGAGAGAGCAGGCGAUCAAGGCUCUUACCGCGGAAGCGAAGAAGAAGGACAUGAACUUGUCCGUAGCGGAAGAGAGCCUCAAGGAUCUGAACGAGGAGAACGACAUCCUCAAGAAGGACCUUGCUGCCGCCCAGGCUCAACUCGAGACUGCCCAGACUGCUCAGCAGGGCCACGAGUCGGCGCUGGUAGAGGAGAAGACUGCCCGCGUGGCCGAGCUUAAGCAGGAGAUCAACGCCCUUCAAGCAACGUUCGACGACGUCAAGACAGAGCGUGACGGCCUCUCUGAGCAGCUCGCCUUCGCUGUUCAAGAGCGCGACGCCUUGAUAGUUGCCGCAGUCAAGACCGCAAAGGACCUGGAAGAUGAGCACGACCAGCUUGAGCACAACAGCAAAGAAUUUGAAGCGAAGCUCGCUUCUGCCACUGGCGAGAUUCAGAAGCUGGUUGCUGCUUCCAACAAGGAGUUCGGAACCUUCGUGAUCGCACUGGCGAUUCAGAGUCACGCAGCCGCUGCCGCCGCCCGCCGCGCCACAACCGCAAGCAAGGCCUUCAAGAAUGCCCUGGCCAAGGUUGACACUCUGGAGAACGAGCGGUCUACCCUGCUAGAGCAGACUUCCGGUGCCGACCAGACCCGUCAGGAGCUCGCCGCCGCCCGCAAGCUCCUUGAAGAAGCCGAGGCCCGGUCGAUCCUGGCUGAGAAGAAGGUGGACGAGCUUGAGGCAUCUGAGGAGCGUACCCGCGUCGAGCUCGAGGGACGAGUUGCCGCCAUGGAGAGCGAGCUUCAAGCCAGGGACCAGCGGUUGUCUGCUUCGGACACGGAGCAUGAAGCUGCUGUGGCGGAUCUCAACCGACAGCUGGCGGAAGCCCGCAAGGAGGCGGAUGAGCAGGCGGCAGAGUACGCCGCUCGCGUUACCGCUGCGCAGAGCGACAUCGCGUCCUGGUCGUCCAAUCUCGACGAGCUUCGUGUGGAGUUGUCACAUGCGAAGCAGGAGCGCGACGAGGCUCGUGCUUUGGUGCAGACCGCCGCCGGGGAUCUGGAGGCGUCGCGAAGCGAAGUCGCUGAGCUUCAAGGCGCUCUUACCGACAUCGAGGCCCAGUUCGCCGAAGCUACUUCAGCGAAGGAGGAAUCGUCUGCCCGUGUCGAGGAACUCGCUGCGGAGCUCGAGGCUGCGCAAGAGAACCAUGCGGCGCUUCAGCAUGAACUCGACCAAACCGUGGAGGCCUUUGAGGACUUUGAGAAGGAGCACGCCGCUGUCCGAUCUGAACUGGAGGCGGCACAGGCCUUGGUCUCUCAAACGGAGGAGGACGUUGCCCGUGUCCAGGCUGCCCACGACGCGGCCCAGCAGGAGAACAAGCAGUCGUCAUCUCGCCUGGCCUUCAUGGAGAAGCAGCAGAAGGACCUCUUACAGCGCCUUGCCGGUGUGAGGGAGCAAAUGACCGCCUCGGAGGAGCAGGCGACCUCCGCCCAGCGUGCUUCUGACAACAAGUCUGGGGAGGUGGAGCGCCUCGAGAAGCAGGUUGCCAAGCUGCAACAGACCGUAGACGAGCUCGACGAAGACUUGAAGCGCACAAUGGAGUCUCUUUCCUCCAAGGUACAGGAGGUCGAAGACGCCGACGACAAGGAGGCGGACCUGCGCAAGAACCUGUCGAAGGUUCAGAAGCGCGCGGACAAGCUCGAUCGCCAGAACAAGGCCCUUGUCAAGGAGAUCGAGACGAUGAGGACGACCAUGUCGCAGCUGUCUCCUGCAAAGGAGGCCUCGGCUUCACCGGCAGUUCCGGUCAAGGUAGCACCCGCUGCCGCCGCCCAACCCGCCAUUGCCUUCCAGUCCCCGGCGCGGGCAGCAGCCUCACCCGCACGCCAGGUGUCCUUCACGCCCAACCCCCGUGUGCGCGAGUUCAAUGCCUUCGAGCCGCCGUCUGCGUCCAAGCACUCGCCUCCGACGUCGCAGCCUGGUACACCGUCCCAGCGCAGCAAGCGCACCCGAGAGGAAGACGAGGAGCCCCGGCUCCCCACCGAGGUGCGCGUGCAGGCAUUCUCGCUGGGCCAGUCGCCGGCUCCAUCAGUGGCGCGGCAACCGCUGAGCGCUGCGAGAUCGCUGAACGCCAAGACACUUGCUCGCCGCUCCAUUGGCGACAAGACGACGGACAAGCCCAAGCCUGGACCGUUCUUGACACCAGCCGAGAAGAUGUACCACGACCGCCUGGCCGCGCAGAAGGCGUCGCCAUACCCACAGUCUCGGGGAACACCAAAGGCUUCGCCACACCCACAGUCGCGUGCCCCGCUCUCUCGAAACGUCUUUGCCACCAACCCAGAGGGCUUACGCUUAUAG